GUGGGCCGAGUGUUCCCGUCAUCCGGCAGUCACGACCCGUCGCCCUAAUCGUUCGUGUCUUCAUGACUGAAGAUGACGGAGCAAAAAGGUGUUAACGAAGUAUGCAGGGAGUGGUCCGUACGUGAGGACAACGCCUUGGCCUACCAGCUCCAACAAUUAGAAGUUGAACGACACUACAGCGGUAACAAAUCGAGGAACGCAAUAGUCCGGCAGGACUGCCGAAUAGCCAGGCACGCCCAGCGCCUUGCACAUGAGGAGGCACAAGAGCUACUCAGGAGGAAGGCACUGCGAGAGCAGCAUGACGCCGAAGUGGCAAGGGCCAUCGCCGAAAGGCUAGAGAGAGAGGAAUGUGAAAAGCUGCGACGUCUUGAGGUCGAGGAUCAGAGGAUUGCCAAACAGAUACAGGACAGGGAGAAAAAGAAGAUUGGCGAUUUUAACAGCAUCGGUUUACCCCUGCCCAGUGACCCCGGCCUUCCGGGUCACCUUCUCCAUCAUUCGCCCCACCGAGCACCUCACUGUCCGAGCCCAGGGGUCUGCAGGUCACUCCCCAAUGACGACAUCGACCAACCACCCUGGCCGGCUCCACCGCAGGACAUUGACAGGCUCGAACAGGAAAAGCUGGACGAAGAAUUAGCGAAGAGGCUGCAGCUCGAGGAGGAGACGAGCACGCAUCUGGAUCGGGACAGGCUGCUCGCGAUCGAGGUCCAAGACACUGAAUUGGCAAAAAUGCUGCACCAAAAGGAGAAAGCAAGAGCGAAGAAGAUAAGAGAGAAAGCAAGGAAUAAAGCGGCUCUUAAAAAACAGAUGGAAGAAGAGGCCAAUUCCGGCGCAGUCAGUCACAAUUUAAACCACAUGCCGAAUAUUGCGAUGGCCAUUGACCCUACGUAUGUCUCACCAGAGAAACACCAAAAACACCACGCUGGAUUUGUCACGUCGCAGCCACCACCGCACUUCCUUCUUCACCCAGAUAUCUUAAACUUGGACGAAGAAGAAGCACCACCUUACAUGCCAGUGCAGGGGCAAAAGAGGUCAGCGGAAAAGAAGAAGAAAAAAUAAAUCAUAUAUAUAUAUAUAUAUAUAUAUAUAUAUAUAAUGACUGAUUUUUUCUUAAAAUUAGGACGAGGUCGUGAUUAAGAUGUGGUUCAACUCCGAGUUUGAGUCUGAGUAGAAGUUUCUGUUGAAAAUGGUGGGAGAGACUUAUACUCGGACUCAGACUCGAAGUUGAACCGCAUCUUAAUCGUGACCACGUCCUAAUUUUUAUUUUACAAU